GGGUUUUUUUUCAUACAGUGUUAUACGCGCUGUGUGUGACGACGAAGAUGUGUGGAAAACACUGAACAAGCUGUAUAGAAAGAAACAUUGCUAAAGAUCACGUACUACAAAGCAUUCGGAAUAUUAUCUUCAAGUAUCCGAGACUAGAUAUCGAAUAUGAAGAUAUCUGAGCAGACGAAUGGAGGCACCAAUGGAGUAGCCGGUGUUGUGAUGGAGUCUAACUUCCACUCAUGGCUUAGUAGCAGAGGAAUGUGGAUCUCCUACCUUAUCGGGAUUUAUGCCUUGCAUUUAUUUUUCUUGUGCCUGCCAUUCCUGAAUGUGGCCAUGGUGUGGACACUCACAACAGUUUCACACAGUUUGUUGAUGUAUUUGCUCUUUCACUACAUCAAAGGAGCUAUAUGGUCAGACAGCCAAGGUACAGAACGCUACUUAACACAAUGGGAACAGAUAGACAAUGGAGACCAAUUUACAACUACAAGAAAGUUUCUUACUGUCGUUCCUAUUAUUAUGUUUUUCCUGGCGAGUUUCUACACAAAGUACAACACUGUGCAUUUCCUCAUAAACUGUCUCUUUACGUUGAUCAUUGUUCUACCCAAGCUACCAAUGUUUCAUGGGGUCAGAAUAUUCAACAUCAAUAAAUAUUAGACUGUCUGCUGCCCUCAACUUCAUGGUUAGUCAAGUUACUUGUAAGGGGCUUAUUUAUAGUAAACCAAGUCAUUGCUGAUAGCUUAAGAAUGGAAUGAUUCUUUGGACAGGAACUUAAACACAUUAAUAUUUUUGCUAAGCUGAAAUAAAAACUGGAAAUGCCUCCAUGUUCAUGGUUUUACCUCAAUUUAAAGCCAACUUGUUUUGUGUAAGGUUUGGUUGUUAUCCUUAAUUAUGAUCAAAACAACUUCUUAAGAGUAUUACAACUUGAAGACUAAUGUUUUGAGUUGUGUCAAUGUAGCUACUUUCGCUGUGACAGUGUCUUAUGGUAUAACUCCCCUAAGCCACAAAGUUUGUUCUUUUAUUCAUGAGAUAGUUACCUUAAUGGAGUUGCUUCAACAGACCUCCAAUCUCAUAUGUGCAUUUCUCUGAUUGUUCAAUGAACUGUCCAUUCAUGUUCUUCUAUUCCUCAAUUUAAACAUGAGCAAUGUAAGUUGAGAGUAAGCCCCUUGCAGGUGACAAACAGACAGUAAAGUCCAGUUCAUACUUCCUGCGAAUGUGAUCUGAAUUUUGACGUCACAACCCUAGUUUUGCUACAAAUGUUUCGCAGGAGUUCCCCACAUCCACAGGUCGACUCUCCGGAAUUAUUUGUUGUUUUCGAAUUUGUGACAUAAUUUCUUUUACCGCAUUCGCAGGAAGUAAGAACCAUUAGGAUGUGUGGGAUAUUAUUUGUUUUUUACCCUUUACACUGAUCUGUAUUAAGCACUGUAUACUAAGUACUUUCCAGAUUCCUGUUUAAAAAAAACCACAUACAUAUCACUCGGGUGGGAUUCAAACCCAAGACUUUUGUAAUGCUGAAGCAGAAGUCUUACCUCUAUACCACUGAGUUAAUCUGGUGAUGAGAGGCAAUUCAUAAUCAAGUGCGUAACAUUUUAAUAGAUUUAAAUUUUGCAUGGGAAGUAUUAUUUUGUUUUUGCUCAUCGUUUUUUAAAAUCAUUCUGGUAACUGCUGCUACGGGUUGAAUUAAAUUGAGUUGAAUUGAAUUGAAUUGAAUUGAAUUGAAUUGAAUUGAAUUGAAUUGAAUUGAAUUGAAUUGAAUUGAAUUGAAUUGAAUUGAAUUGAAUUGGGUUAACUCGGUGGUUUUGUGAUAAGACACCUGCUGUAGCAGAGAAAGGUUGUGGGUUCAAAUCUCACCCGAGUGAUAUGCUAGUGGAAUUCUUUCAUCUGAUUCGGGAAAGUAUGGAGUAUAUAAUGCUCAAUACUCAUCGGUGUAAGGGCAACAAAAAUAUAAUAUUCUUUAUUCCUGAUACAAAUUUUAAUUUGUAUCAGGAAUAAAGAAAAAUAUUGGUCAAGGCAGUGUUGCUUAUGAAAGUUACUUGUAGAAGACAGACAGAUGGUAGCACUGCCCUCCUAAAACCACCGCCAAUAAUUAUAUCAAGCUCCCCAUCAAAUGGUUUAAAUGUGAGAUUAAAGGAUUUUAAGAUUGGGAUAGAGUAACUUUAAUGGUAACUGGUAAAGGCCCUUUAUGUAUAGCCAUUUACCAUUGAUGUCUUUUUGAUUAUGAAUACGCUGUUUCUGAAGUUACCACUGAAUAUUUGUAACCCUUUAUGCAUUUUUUGCCAGCAUGUGCCCUCAAUCUUCUCAUGUUCUCCUUUCCUAUGUGUAUCACUUCACAUCAAAUUGUUUGGAUUUGGAUAAGAUUGGAAUACAUGGCAUUGUGAUAAGAAGGGCCCAAUUUCAUAGAGCUGCUUAAGCACAAAAAAUGGCUCAGCACAACCAAAUUAUGCUUAUCAGAAUAUACGAUACCAGCCAAAUUACUGUGCCACAUGCACCAUCUCUGACUGGUGUCCUGCUCAUUUUUGCUUAGCAGAAAUGUGUCAACUAAUAUCAGUCGUAUGAAAUUGAGCCCAGGUAUUAACUGGCCCAUUCCAGUCCUUCUGAAUCCUUCACUUUGGCAAAUGGAAAAGAGAGAAGGAUUUGGACAUUCUGUAAUUUUCAAAGUGAACCACAUGUUUUUCCAUAGAUGUCACUUGAUGAAAACUAUGAUUGAACUUUUGUUAACAAAGUGAAAUAUUUACCAUCAAAUUUAAUUCACUCAGUCAAUUUUUCUCUUGUAGUAUUAGUAACGCUAAAUGUUAUAUAAGCACAUGAGAAUGCAGUAUUAUAUUUAAUAUACUCCAUCUUGUCAUUUGAAGGGUCUGUAUACCUUUGUUUUUUGAAACCCUUGAAAUGUUUCAAUCUUGUAUGAAUGGAGAUUAUACAAUAAAACUAACCCUUGAAAACUUCAUUUCAAAAGGUUUUUGAGAUAUCGGCAAAAAAUCUGGAGUUAAUAAUCAUGUCCAAGCGGAAAGAACAAUCCUUUAAAGGAAUACACAUCAUUUUAGAAUCGUUGCUUAAGAAACAAUUCUUAUAUUCAAAUUUUUGGGGGGGAUAAAAAAUCAUAUGUUUAUCCAUAACCGCAGUACUACAAAAUAUUUCUCAAAAUGCAUAUAUUAUCCAAAGCUACGUAAGUUUUGACAUUAAUUUUCAGAGUCAUUACCAAAUGUUUACAGACCUUUAAUAUAAUAAGAAAUGGAGGAUCUAAUUGAAAGUACCAGUUUAUUUAAAAUUGAAGGGUUGUCCUGAUUCCAGUAGUUCAGUUCAAACCAAAGUGAUUUAUUGGAGCGAGUAAACUAGUUUAAAUUAGAUUUUUUUUUAGGGAAAGAUAAUAAGAGUACUACAAUGUAUUCCGAAUUACUUAGUUUAAGUGGAUUCUGGAGACCACUGAAAGGCAUUUAUCAUUUCACCUUUUGGACACUAGGUGGCAGCAUACUCGGGUUAAUCCAUAUCCUUCAUGCAGAGUUCAAUCCAAUUGAAAUGUGACUGGGUUUGGUUGCACAUGGACAUUGCAAACAUUUACAAUUAUUAGCUUUCAUUGAUCGAGAUUUGUAGUAAGCAUUUAUUUCAUCGCCUGAAAUGAGAUAAAAGUGCCGCUUGCAAGAAGCAUAUUGUGUUUUCUUUGGACUGAAUUGUUUUUUUGUUGUUAAUUCACCCAAAGUGGAAACGAACCUUCAUCUGGGCACAAUAUCAUAGAGCUGCUCAAGCAUAAGAAGUUGCUAUUAAGCACAACAAUAUUAUGCUUACUAGAAUAAGAAUCCAGUUAAAAUUGUAACUGGUAUCCUUCUGAUUUUGACUUAGCAGGAAAAUGUUAUAUAAGUACUUUCUGCUUUUGUAGAAGCAGCUCUAUGAUAUUGUGGGUGAUGGAUGUAUGUAUUGUAUAUUGAAACAUGAUUUUUAACACACUAAUAACUUGUAAAUAUAGACUUUGAGAGACUGUUAUUGGUGAAUUUUACUUGUAAAUUCAAUUGAAGCUUUUCACAUCGGUGUUUCAACAUACAAUUUAUCUAUUUUCAUCAAUUGCUAUUAAACAAACACUAUUAAAUUAAGUUUUUCAUUUUGUUCAUUCUUUACAACACUGAUGUGAUGAACUGUAUGAGAAAGGCUGAAAUUUAACGCUCCAAAUUCUUUCGGAAUAAAUUCCUUUUGUGUUAACGUUAAAUAAAUCUCCUUUAUAAACAUUGUUAUUAUUUGAAAAGGUUUUUUUUGUGCAUAAUUAUUAGACAAGAUGUUGCUUGUAUGAAUUGUUAUAGAUUUUUCUUUUAAUAGGCAAAGUAUCCUAUGGUUUAUGGAACUGCUUGAUUGGUUCAAUCUUAACAGUAAAACUCAUAUAGUCGCGUUUUUGAGGUAUAACUGAAAAUCAGAAGUGAAUAUGUCCACGCAGGAAGAAUAAUCCCUAGAAGGAAUAAAGGUUCUGAUAAGUGUCACUGCAACAGAAAAAAAAAUUGUAUCUUUUUACAUAACCACAUUAAUUAUUGAAGUGAAAUGUUUCUCAAAAUUCUUUAUACUGUUGAAAGCUUUUGUAGGCUUCUUUCCGAAGGUUUUUAUUGGCAUAAAUUUUAAGAAUGAUUCUAAAACGUAUACCUUUCCUUUAAGGAUCAACAUUUGUGUCCAACUGACCUGAUUAACCACGCAUGGCAGGUCAGCUGACAUUCUCCUUGAAGGACUUCAACAUUUUGCUCCAAUGACUUCAAAAUUUAAACUCUUUUCUAUUAUAAUUGUACUUUAUUUAAACUUAAAUUGUAUCACAAUUAUUGGUUAGCCUAAGAGGGGGCCAUGACAUUCUUGACUGAUUACUGUAUGCUAAAAAAAGGAUUGUAAGAAUUAAGUAAGAUAGUGAAUAAUAAUAGAAAGAAAGAAAAAAAACCUGUUAUUGUUUACAUUUUGAAAUCACCUUUGAUAUAUUAACGUUUAUUUUAAAGUUCUUUUUGUGUAAAAUCUACCUGAACAUUCAAAUUAAAAAUUGACAAGUUUCACUUGAUCUUACCUUUAUAUUUUUAUUUUAAAAUUAUUAAGUUCUUUUCUGUAUGGAUCCCAUUGCAAUGCAUUGGUGGAUUUGUAGGUUUUAAACCCAGGUGAAAUAAAAUGAUGACUUUCUUCUCAUA